AAUCUUUGCAUUCAAUUAUUUUUCACCCGUUUUAAUGUUGCACUACCCUUCAUACAUAGUCCAACCUUCAGACCAAGCUUGGAGCAUGUCCUUCUCAUCUUGGCGAUGUCUUCGGCAGGAGCUAUGGCUAUGCCGGGAGAGAAGUCUCAACGAGUCGGAUCGCUGAUAUUCGAACGUGCGUGCAAACUGGGGCUAAGCUAUCCGUGGGAGAGAGCUUUGUCUGAACAUCCAAAGUUCACACCAUGGAACAUCAAAGGUGCAACAAUUAGUCAGACCAUUGCGCUUAUGUCAGGAGAUCCGGCUCAUAAAGCUAUCGCGGCAGCUUACCAUGGAUCUCUCAUCUCGAUCGCCCGUCACAUGAAGCUCUUCAUUGAAGUCCCCGAAGUGGAAUUACCUGAUCACUUAUCAGAAGAAUCCCUUGACUUAUUAUGGAAAAAGUGGGCAGGGUACGAGGAAAUGAGAAGAAUAGCGUUGGUUUUACAUAUCCACGAUGCGGAACUUGCAGCCCUCUUUCACCAUGAGCCAGUCUUCAGACAUGGAUUGAACCAAUUACCAGUAAUUGCUCCGGCCGAUGUCUUUCAUGCGAAAAGUGCAAAAAGUUGGGAGGCAAAAUAUAGACUCCACCUUAAGAGCCUCCGAUAUCCGGACAAUCAAC